AUGGGAGUAAAAUGGAAACUCUUGUUCCCAGUUUAUUCCUCUACAAAAGAAGAACACAUUCCUGCAAAAACCUUUGAAAGUCAAAUGACAGAGUCAAACAUGGUGGGGCCUGAGUCUCCAUUGCCUGAGCCUCUAAUGGAUCGUGAUCUUGCAGCAUUGAAGCUUCAGAAAACAUACAAAAGCUUCAGAACCAGAAGACAGUUAGCUGAUUGUGCAAUACUUGUUGAACAUAGAUGGUGGAAGCUCUUGGAUUUUGCUGUGCUCAAGUGUAGUUCUGUAUCAUUCUUUGAAAUUGAAAAACCAGAGACUGCUGUUUCACGUUGGUCAAGAGCAAGAACACGAGCUGCAAAGGUUGGAAAAGGCUUAUCACACCAUGCAAAGGCAUGUAAACUAGCUUUACAACAUUGGCUCGAGGCAAUCGAUCCACGACACCGUUAUGGUCAUAAUCUUCAUUUUUAUUAUGUCAAAUGGCUUCAUUGCGAAAGUAAACAACCCUUUUUCUAUUGGCUUGACAUAGGGGAGGGCAAAGAAGUAAAUCAUGAAAGAUGCCCGAGGUCAAAGCUUCAACAACAAUGCAUCAAGUAUCUAAGUCCCAUAGAAAGGGAGGAUUUUGAAGCUACAGUGGAAGACGGGAAGUUUAUUUAUAAAUUGAGUAGGAAGCUUAUUGAUACACGAGAACCCACGGGUGUGAAAUGGAUAUUUGUGCUUAGUACUUCAAAUAUUUUAUAUGUUGGGAUGAAGCUUAAAGGCAAAUUUCAACAUUCGAGUUUUUUAGCUGGUGGUGCUACAUUGUCUGCUGGACGAUUGGUGGUUGUAGACGGUAUCCUGAAGGCUGUGUGGCCUCAUAGUGGACAUUACCUCCCAACCAAAGAAAAUUUUGAAGCUUUCAUUUCGUUUCUUGAGCAACACCAAAUUAAUAUCCAAACUAUUAAGAAAAGCCCAGAUGGGGAUGAAGAAGUACCCAACGAAAAAAUGACGGGAUAUGAAAUGCGGAAUAGUGUAUCAGAGCCGGAUUUCUCUCGAGCUACAGAAGAAACCGAAUCCAAAUACCGAAAUGAUUCCAAACCACAAAGGGAAAGGGAAAGGUCGGGGACUUGUCCCCCAUUUUCAAACCCAAAGAUUACCACACUUGAAAUCCCAACAAAAGAAGACAUCAUUUUGUCAUUCCAAACUUCAGAAUCCCAAAUGGGGCCCACACCCGAACCAGAACCAGAACCAGAACCGGAACCCAGUCACUCCUCAGAUGAAGGGGAUGAUCAUGAUGAAACAGCUGAAAAACUGUUGUCAAGUAUCGAACUCAUGGUAUCCAAACGGAAUCUUUUUGAUUCGGGAGAAGAAGGGUAUGAGUUUCCGGUUUCGGAGGAGAAGAUUAUGGAGAGGAUUAAUUCACAUAAAGAAACAAAGUCUUUUCAGUUGGCUAAACAGCUGAGCUGUCGGUGGACAACAGGUGUGGGCCCACGAAUCGGGUGUGUACGAGAUUACCCUACGGAGUUACAGUUUAGGGCUCUUGAGGUGUGCUUGUCACCCAAAAACUCUCUUUGGAGAUUGGGGUUUAAAAAUUGUGAAAUAAGUAAUAGGAGGAAAAAAAGCUAUUCUUUAGCAAAUAUAGAAGAAUUUUCAAGAAGUCAUCAUAGUUUAGAUUAGGAAUCACAUUUUAGGAUCAAAUUUUGUAAUAAUAUGUUUUCAUUACUUUUUUCUAACCUGUCACCUACCUCUUUACUAUCAACUUGUAUCGCUAG